AUGUCCUCAAUCAAGAGCGACAAGUGGUCUGCGGCCAACUACCACGAGCAUGCUUCAUUCGUGUACUCAGCCAAGUUCACCUCAGUUGUGCUCGAUAUGUUGGGUGCUAAAUCUGGAGAGCGAAUUCUCGAUGUAGGUUGCGGAAGCGGGGAGAUUACGGUUGACUUGGAAAAGAUCGUCGGCAAGAACGGACUCGUGGUCGGGGUCGACUUCAGCGCCAAUAUGAUCGAGAAAGCCAAGGCAAACGGUUGUUCGAAUGUCUACGUUUCGGAUGGCUGCGAUCUUCAGCUCGAUAAGGAUCUAGAGCACACCUUUGACGCCGCUUUCAGCAAUGCUGCGCUGCACUGGAUGAAGCGCGAUCCGGCUGGUGUGCUCCGUGGUGUGAAGCGGGCCCUGAAACCGGGUGGUAGGUUCGUGGCCGAGAUGGGUGGUUACCUGAACAUUGUUGGUAAGCGACCGUUGUUGAACCGUUUCUCAGGUCUGCGGACUGCCAUACACGAGGUCUGCAGGAAACAUGGUAUCGCACCUGAACCAUUGGAUCCCUGGUAUUUCCCGUCAGAGAAAGAAUAUACCGAAUUAUUAGAGUCGGAAGACUUCAAAGUAGAGCACAUCUCGCUCAACCCACGUAUCACUGUGCUCCCCGGUCGACUAUACAACUGGCUUAUCACCUUUGCCCGGACCUCCAUUCUAGACAAGGUAUCGGACGAGUUGGCAGCGCAGAUCAUGCAGGAGGUGGAGGAUAUGUGUGCGGUUGAUAUGAGAGAUAAAUACGGCAACUGGUCGGUCAUGUAUGUGAGGCUGAGGUUUAGUGCCAUUGCGCCUAGUUAG